AUGGAGAGGUCGAACAAUCCAAACGUUGUUAAUUUACGUAAAAUAUUUGAAAUGUUUCAGUUGAUCAACCACAUAGAUGAACCAACGCAUAUUCUAGAAGGAACGCUCGAUCUGAUUGUGAUGUCACACAAUAUAGCGGUAGGUGAAGCAAAGGUUUAUCCUAGUGGAAUCUAUUCUAAUCAUGGUCUGGUACAGAUGACCAAAUUAUUUCAAUUCAUAUACGUCGGUGCAUUUAUAUGCGGUCUAGGACGCAGCGAUAUAACAAGUUGUGAUCCAUAUUCGUAUUGCGAAGGAACGAAAUUUCCCAACAAAGUACCACUGGCAGCUCGGUUAAUAAACUGUGAUCUGGUACCGGACCCUAGGGAUAGAUGCUGUCUUCCCCAGGCUAAACAUGUCGUUUGUUAUGGAAUAACAGUUGACGGACAGUACCUGAGCUAUGAUGUAGAGAGCUACCCGAAAACCACAGAUUUCAGCGCUUUGUGCGCAGCGAUGGCACGAUCUCAGGGCCACACGCCUGGCAAACACAGCAGUGCUAUCUUAGCGAAUGGAGGAGGAGAUCUUGUCUGGAGGUAUGGAGAAUGGGCAGAAGUCCAGUCUGGAGAACAACGCAUCAAAAAUCUUGCCUGUGAAAUUGUUUGACCAUCAUAAUUUUAUUGACAAUGUCAGUUUUAUAAACGUUCGAUUUUAAAAUCUAAUCAACAAAUAUUUUUAAAUACUUAGAUAUAUAAAAGUAUAUUGUAAGAUUUUUGCAGGGUUAUAAUGCGAAUAUUUAACAUUUAGACAUUAAAUGUUAACAUUGUUAGAUGGGAAUGUUUAAACGAUAAUAUCAUCAUUGACUCUGAAAAACUCCUUCGCUACUGAGACUCAGAUUUUAAGACGUGGAUAAAAAUGAUACUGGUAAUUAUUUAUGUUUGCAUUUGCCUCAAACUUUCAAAUUCAACUGUCAUUACAUUAUUUUAGCCCACAUUUUGAUCUAAUUUUAUGAAAAAUUGAAUCAUGUAUGCCUAUGGUCCUUCUCUGUGUCAAUGCAUUUCGGUUUACGUGCAUAGGCGAAAACUUUUACAAAAUACAAAAAGUAAAAAAAUGGAAUGAUAAUGAUAAUUUUUUUAAAUAAAUAAGUAAAAUAUUUUUGGAUUGUUGAUGCUGCUGAAUAAAUAAGUCGGAAAAUGUUUACAUUUAUAACUAACUCUAAAAGUAUAUGAAUUAAACUAGUUGAAAAUUGUUAAGUUUGCGGGGUAAGAAUUUUGACUACAAUGAUUUUGUACUAGAUUAGAAAAACAUUUGGAUAAUUCUUAUUUCAAGUUAGACAACGUGAUUAAAUUAAGCCAAUUAAUACCCAUCACCUGAGUCCCUUGCCAUGUUACUUAUAUUAUUUACUUAAUCAAAUAUAUUCAAUUUUGUC